AUGAAAACGAAUAGAAUUACAGUUGUUACGCACAAUGUCGUCAAAGUUCACAAUUCUCCUUCGAUCGAUCCUAGUUUAGUCGGUCAAAACAUGGGCGAACCAACACACACUUCAUAUUUGAGUGAUCGAAAGAGAAAAGUUCUAUGUGCCACAGUAUUCGUUUUAGUUGUUGUACUAGUCAUGUUGAAUAUUCUGAUCCCGAUAGUUGUUGUUAGAAGGAACAAAACACGCUCAUCUUCGUUAAUAGCAUUAACACCAACGGUGAUGACGACAACAACAAUGAUCACUGGAUCAAGUAUAAUUACAGAAGAAGGUCAAGUAUCACUUGCUGCUGUGAAGAAAAGUGUUAAAGGUGUACAUCAUACAGUUAUGGGUGGCAGUAGUAUGGAAGCAAGAGCUGGCGAUGAUUCGGGACAUUAUUUACCAUAUAACACUCCAGCUGAGGCUUGUGAUAACGAUUUAACAACUAAAUAUGUGAGUUUCGGACCAUGUUAUUUGUAUAAGGAUGGUGAUAUGUGUGGUUUAAAUACUGGUUUUUACCUUGAACUACCCAUGUAA